AUGUGGAGCCAUCCCAACCCCGGCGGCACCGACCCUGGUCCCAGCCCCGCCACCCCGCUGGUGCUCGGGGGCAGCUGUGCCUGUCCCCGGGCCCUGCCGGGAGCGCCCGAGCUGCGAGGAACCACGGCUGUCCCCACUGCCAUCCCCGAGGCUGUCCCCCGGCUGUCCCCAGGGUGGUGGCUGGUCCCCUGGGGUGGCCGUGUCCCGUCUCUUCUCCCAUCCCUGCCACCUUUAGGCUGCGUGUGUCUGGCUGCUGCGGCUCGGGGGCUUGCGAGGCUGAGCCGGGCGGUGCCAUCUCGGGCUGGCAUUGCCACCACCACUGUCACCUCCUCCCUUGGUCCCCAGAUAAAGCGUUUCCUGAAGGAGGACUCGGACGAGGCUGAGCUGACCCAGUUCCUCCGGGACUGCCCGCCAGCUGACAGCUCCAGGAAGGUGGAGGCUGCCGAGAGCCGGCGGGAGCCUGGCCACCCCCUGGGCAGUGUGGCCAGGGUCCCCCCAGACGAAGGCAGUGACGACAGGGACAGCAGGAUCUUCUCCCGCUCCCGGCCCUCGGAAUUCCAGCAGCACAUCGCCGCCCCCCCACCCCCCAGCCCCAACCGCCCGCGGAGCCCCUGGGGGCAGCUGGACCCCUACGACUCCUCCGAGGAUGACAAGGAGUACGUGGGCUUUGCCACGCUGCCCAACCAGGUGCAUCGCAAGUCGGUGAAGAAGGGCUUCGACUUCACCCUCAUGGUGGCAGGGGAAUCCGGGCUGGGCAAAUCCACCCUGGUCAACAGCCUCUUCCUGACGGACAUGUACAGGGACCGCAAGCUGCUCAACGCUGAAGAGCGCAUCACGCAGACGGUGGAGAUCACCAAGCACGUGGUGGACAUCGAGGAGAAGGGGGUCAAGCUGCGCCUGACCAUCGUGGACACGCCGGGCUUUGGGGACGCCGUCAACAACACCGAGUGCUGGAAGCCGGUGGCUGACUACAUCGACCAGCAGUUCGAGCAGUAUUUCCGUGACGAAAGCGGCCUCAACCGGAAAAACAUCCAGGACAACCGAGUGCACUGCUGCAUCUACUUCAUCUCACCCUUCGGCCACGGGCUGCGGCCCCUGGAUGUGGAGUUCAUGAGAGCCCUGCACCAGCGCGUGAACAUCGUGCCCGUGCUGGCCAAAGCUGACACCCUGACCCCCGCCGAGGUGGAGCGCAUGAAGAAUAAGAUCCGGGAGGAGAUCGACCACUACGGAAUCCGCAUCUACCAAUUCCCUGAGUGCGACUCGGACGAGGAUGAGGAGUUCAAGCUGCAGGACCAGGCACUGAAGGAGAGCAUCCCCUUCGCCGUCAUCGGCAGCAACACGGUGGUGGAGGCCAAGGGCCGGCGCGUCCGCGGGCGCCUCUACCCCUGGGGCAUCGUGGAAGUGGAGAACCCGUCCCACUGCGACUUCGUGAAGCUGCGCACGAUGCUGGUGAGGACGCACAUGCAGGACCUGAAGGACGUGACCCGGGAGACGCACUACGAGAAUUACCGCACUCAGUGCAUCCAGAGCAUGACCCGCAUGGUGGUCAAGGAGCGCAACCGCAACAAGCUGACCCGGGAGAGCGGGACAGACUUCCCCAUCCCCGUGAUCCCCCCGGUGCCGGACAUGGAGACGGAGAAGCUAAUCCGGGAGAAGGAUGAGGAGCUGCGGCGGAUGCAGGAGAUGCUCCAGAAGAUCCAGAAGCAGAUGAAGGACUCGCACUAGCCCGUCCCUCCUCCUCCUCCUCCUCCUCCUGGCCCCGAUCAGAAAUGUUUACAUCACGCUCCACCCGCCCGGCCCCGCUGCCAGACUCGGUACCAACACCCACCCACCACCUUGAGCUGUGGCAUCGCCUUAUCCAACAGCCCAGUGCCCGCGGGGACACGAGGGGACACGAGGGGACAGCGAGGGGACAGAGCACCCAAGCCGGGGUCCCCUGCCCUCACUGGGAACAGCUUGGUCCCCCGAGCUUUGGUUUCCCGUUUCUCCACAGCUCUGGGGAGGGCCCUGGCCAGCCUGGUCCCCGCAGUGUGUCCCUUGUCCCCGUGUCACCCCGGGCUCCCUGCUUACAGCCUUUAUGCUCAGCUUGGCCCUGGCCUGAGAGAGGAGGAAAGGGGGGCACUGGUGCCAGCCCCCCGAGGCCCCAGCUGCCCCUCUCUGGGGGACAGGGCUGUUCCCCUGGCCUCGGCUCCUGGGGACCACAGGGGACAGAGGGACAGCCACCAUCCUGCUCCGUGCCAGCACCAGUGCAGGGGGAUCAGUGUCCAGCCCUGUGUCCUCACCCUGUCCCCACUGAGUGGCAGCAGGGCUCUGGCAUGGGGAGCAAUGGGAAUCAGUGUCCCCAGGGAAAACCCCUUGAACCCCAAAUCAGAGGCUGGGCACCCCAGCCCGCCGUGAUGUUGGCCCUGUAAAGCAAUAAUGAGUGUCCUGUGCCUGUGGCACCUCUCACCCCAUGGCAACAGCACCGGCCCCGGCUGGAAUUCCGGCCCCUGCUGCCUCCUGCUUGUCUGUGGUGUCCCCGUGUGCCCAGGAUGUCCCUGUCCCUGCUGCUCCUUGGCACAGCAGCCCUGCGUGUUCUCCAAGGAUAUCCUCGUCUGUGCUG